UUAACUGUUUUCUGAUUGGUCAAUGUAAUGAGACCACAAAGCCCAUGCGCCCAAAAAGAGUUAGAGAAGCGGUUGAAAUCUGCUCCACAUUCACCACGCAGUUCAUUUCUGAGGGGGGCGUGCCGACUAAACCGACUCUUUUCUCUCUUUUAUCAUGACCUGAAGCGUAUUGAAAAAAAGGGUUGUUGUUUUUUUGCGCUGUUAAUUUGUGGGGGAGCAAAUAUUUUCGUCGUUUCGGGGUUUACAGCGUUUACGAAUGAACUGCACCAGGUAAGAAGAGUGAGUCAUGACUCCGGAGAGUCAAUGAGUUAAAGAGUCGGGUUUGAGUUCACGAGUUUUGCACAUUUUGAACCCAAGACCGAUGCCAUCUCCGAUCAUGCCUGUGGAUGUGGCCAUGAGAAUCUGUCUGGCUCAUUCUCCACCCCUUCGCAGCUUCCUUGGUUCCUAUGAGAACUAUAAGUCCAGAAACUUGGUCAAGCCCUUCAAGCCACUGAGAUCAUGCAUCAGCUCCAAGACCAAGGUGGAGGCCACCAACCGAGGAUGGAAAAGCCCUAAAGGCAAAGCUAAGAAAAAAGUGAUUUUUGCUGACUCCAAAGGCAUGUCACUAACUGCGAUCCAUGUCAUCAAGGAGUUUGAAGAAGACUCCCUCUUUCCUACAGACUUGCAGUUUGAGAUGUCAGACUUGGAGGAAGCAAUUGUGGGCUUGAAGGUGGAGAAGGAGAAUAGCUUUGUUUUGGACUUCCCUCAGCCUGCUGCAGACUACCUGGACUUUCGGAACCGUCUCAAGAAGAACCUGGUAUGUUUGGAGAACUGUGUAAUCCAGGACAGAUCUCUCAUGGGCACUAUAAAAGUUUGUAACAUAAGCUUUGCGAAGGCUGUUCAUGUCCGGAUAACUUUUGAUUCAUGGAAAAGCCACAAGGACGUUCCUUGUGUGUAUAUGAACAAUGUUUAUGGGUGCGCAGACAUCGACACAUUUUCCUUCACCGUUGAUCUGAAGGAAAAUGUGCCGCACGAGGAUCAGGUGGAGUUCUGCAUCUCCUACAACGCUAACGAGGAGACACACUGGGAUAAUAAUGACGGAAAGAACUACAGGUUGGCCCAUGCAGAUAAUGACCGCAACCAGACCAAACAUGUCACUCAGAAAACAGUGUAUGAAACCAGAAGCACCGACAAAAAGCCUGAGAUGGAGUUUGAUCAAUUUGGGAGCCCAAGGACCUCUAGUGGUUUCUUUCCAGAGUGGCAGAGUUGGGGGAGAAUUGAAAAUUCCCCCUACUGGUGAGGGUACAUGCUGCCUCAAAAUGGCGACAAAAAGAGUCGUGUGUAGAAUCACUUCUCGGAGGAGGUGCUAGAAAUGCAGAAUAUAUCUGAUGUAGAGUGAAAUUCUACUAGUAAAUAAAUUUAGGGGAAGAGUUUGUCUUAAAAAGUGAAAUGCUGAGCCUUUGACGAUGAUCGUAUUGGAUGUAUUUCCUAUUUAAACUGUCCAGUGUUCAGAAUUUUGGCAGAUUUGGAAGUGAAUUGAAUUGAAACAUUUAGUCAUUUCGAGUCAAAUGCUAACUAUCUUUAACACUAUACAACUGAAUGAAUGUAAUUUCUCCUAACCUUUCUGUGCACUAAAGAAUUUCCAAGGUUAGAAUUGUGAUGCAAUAAAUCCCUUUUUUGUGGCAGUGCUUUAGAAAAAAAUGUGCUUUAGAAAAAAAUAAGAUGCACCUCUGAAACGUCACUGUCAGGCAGUAGUUUGUGUCUGAUGGACUCGAUACAAGUUAUUCUGUUGAACUGAUGUGUGCAGCACCGGGAGAAAGAAUUCGUCUUCCCUGUGGUGACUCUGAAACACCAUGCAUUCAGCCAGGGGGGAACGUCUGGCUGUUCUUCCAUUAUAAACAAAGAACUGGUGAAUUUGCACUGUGUAAGAUGCCUUUAAACUAAAUAGCAUGAAAGUGGAAUCAUUUGGUACAAGUUGAAGGUGCUUCAUAUUGAAGUUUAUGUAUUUUGUAGUACCGUUGAAUUGGUCUCCUUUUUUGCAGCAGAAGCAAUAAUCUAAAACGUGUAUGUUAUUAUGGGCACGCGUGUAAUAUAUUGCUGAUCAUGAAGCAUUAUUAUCCAUGCACCUUUUCCUUCUUCUGUUCAGUUCGUACUGUAUAGCUCUGCAUAGCACACACUUGACUUUCUGCCAUGGUUCCUUUCUUCAUGUAUGCUGCUGUGAAUUGUGUUUUUUUUUUUUUUUUGUUUUUUUUUUUUUUUUCCCCCCCCCCCCCCCCCCCCCUCUGCAUUAUUUCAUUCGUAUGUGAGAUGAAAAUAAGGGAUAUUGAAUGUUACCUAUUGCAAGUGUUGGUAAGUCCAGAUCUAAAUGUGUGGAGUAUGUAUGAGAUGUGUUCUCGUGUUUCUCAUGUCUGCUUCCUGUCCUCUGUUAGAGGAACAACAGUCUGAUCAAUGUGAACGAACGAAUGUGAAUCAUUUUAAUGCAAAUAGCUGACGUGUGUUAGCUGCUGUGUAUUUUAGAGAUGGAAUAUGUAUGUUGAUUGUGUAAAAGGGCCGGACACUGCUGUUUGUCUGUUUUCUACUGCAAGGAAAGUUGUCUGUCCUACUUAUUAUUUAAUUCUGUGUUCCUUUAAGAAUGAAAUUAAAUAAAUGCAAAGUUUCUACUGUGAAAA